UUUAUUUGUGCUUUUCUGUAGUUUUCACAUUUCAUUCAUAGGACAUAUCAUUGAAUAAAAUUAGUUUUAAAAAUAAAGUUAAAAUUUAGCAAAGUUACAGGAUACAAAAUCAACACACAAAAAUUUGUUGUGGAAGGUCGGAGGGCAGAGUCCGCGGAAGCGGCUGGGAGGCCAGGACGGCUGCCAACGUCUGGGUUGGCGAGGAGCUCUGGGGACCCGGCCCGGCCGGGUGCUCCCAGCCUCAUCCAACGCGAUCCUCACAGGAGAUGACCCCCAACGAGGUUUUCUUUCAGAGGUACCACCAUAAUAAUGCUGGAUAACCCAAAUUUGCUUUGGGAACCAUGAAAAUUUUGCUCGUUUUUGACUUUGACAAUACAAUCAUAGAUGAUAAUAGUGACACCUGGAUUGUACAGUGUGCUCCAGAGAAAAAGCUUCCUAUUGAACUACAAGAUUCUUAUGAAAAAGGAUUUUGGACAGAAUUUAUGGGCAGAGUCUUUAAGUAUUUGGGAGAUGAAGGUGUAAGAGAAGAUGAAAUGAAAAGAGCAGUGACAUCAAUGCCGUUCACUCUGGGGAUGGUGGAACUUUUGAACUUUGUAAGGAAGAACGAGGAUAAAUUUGACUGCAUCAUUAUUUCAGAUUCAAAUUCAGUCUUCAUAGAUUGGGUUUUAGAAGCUGCCGGUUUUCAUGAUGUAUUUGAUAAAGUGUUUACAAAUCCAGCAGCUUUUGAUAGCAAUGGUCAUCUCACUGUGGAAAAUUACCAUGCUCAUUCUUGCAGUAGGUGCCCAAAAAAUCUUUGCAAAAACGUAGUUUUGGUAGAAUUUAUAGAUAAACAGUCACAGCAGGGAGUGAAUUAUACACGAAUUGUUUAUAUAGGUGAUGGUGGAAAUGAUGUCUGUCCAGUAACUUUUUUAAAGAAGAGUGAUGUUGCCAUGCCUCGGAAAGGAUAUACUUUACAGAAAACUCUUUCCAAGAUGUCUCAAAAUCUUGAACCCAUGGAAUCUUCUGUUGUAGUUUGGUCUUCAGGUGUUGAAAUAAUUUCUCACUUACAAUUUCUAAUAAAGGAGUAAUAUGCCAA